AUGGCCGAAGAGGCUCAGCACAACGUCACUGUGCUUGCCGACCAGCUCAUUGAAGGCUUUGCAGCGUUGAGCGGACAGUACCAGGCUCUGUUGCACCAGCACAGACAGGUAGAGAGCAAGCUCUUGUGGGCCAAGCAACAGUACCUUGACCUGCUCAAACGGUUCACGCCAGAUACGCUGUCGCAAGACCAUCAUGCCUUCCUGCAAGAACUUGAGCGCAUUGGCGACGAGCAAGCGCAUAUACCUUUGAAUUUGGUGGAACAGUUAGCAGAUAGCGACGAUGUAGAGCGCAAGAGCCGGGCACUGGUCAUCCAGAAGGCCGAAGAGGCUGCUGUGCAGCUGCGUGCCCCUGAAAAUACUGCAAGUGUAAAGAUAUGGAGCGGCCCGUCUGCAGACGUGCCGUCGCCGCUGCCCGAGACACAGCGCAAUAGAGCCCCUUCACCUCUUGAAAAAGAUUUUACAGUUGCGGGAACGCCGAGCAAGCUGGCCUGCCCUUUUGCAUCUGGAAGCGGCAGAGGCAGCCCGCUCGCUACACCGCGAAGCUCGACGUCACGACUGAGUCUGCGCGGCCGUAGAUCCAAACGCCCCUCGUUUGCCGAUCCCAUCCGCGCCGAAAUAUGUAGCAAUAAACCUUCCUCGUUGUCCGCCUCCGUAGCUGCAUCUGGCUCCGCUGCUGUCUGUCCCAUUCGCUUUCUCGACCAGCACAACCCUGAAGAGGUUGCCGAAUACUUUGAAAAACACAAGCAUGAGCUGCCGAGGAGCCAUGAAAUCUGCAUUACGCGCUUCCAGAGCAACCAGGAGAGUAUUGCACAGCUGGAUCGCAAGUAUGGCAACCUGGUCAACAUGAUCCAAGGCCUCGGCCAAAAGCACCAGGCGUGGCUGCCCGAGGACCCUGACGAUGCCAUUGUCGAAGAGCCUGACCUUGAGCCUAACCAAGCCAGCAACGUCAAGGCAGACGCCAAAGUUCAACACUGGGCCUCGGCCGUGUCUGCCAGUCUGAACGAUGGCGCGCCAACACCUGAAGAAGCACCCGAAGAACACACCAUGGACGAGACGAGAACAGCACGCUUUGACCGUCCGCUGAAGGAAGUGCGAGUGGGCGAGUCCCCCAGCCGGCCUUGGGGCAUAUCGAUACCUGCAAAAUACACCAACGCAGAGAGCUCGUCGUCGGUGGGCUCUGUCCCAACGGCAUCUCCACAGUUUCCGCUCGACACGGGUCGGCCAAUCGACGACACAGCACAAGAGACGGGCAAGUGCCCAUUUGACCACCACGCGAUGAUGGACCAAGCUCCUGCACAAGGUCAGGCACGGCAGUCUGCUCCACCACCGCACUCGCAGCCGGGGGCCACGACGGCGCGCGCGGCACCCACCGACCCCUUGCCGCAGCCACCAGUUCCAGAGCAGAACGGGGGGACGGGCGGCCCGAGGAUGAUACCACAGAUGGUGUUCAACGGACCCGUCUUCCUAGGGUAUCCCCCAGAUCAGCUGGCGCUGCUGCUGCAAAAUAGUAACAUUGGUGCAACGAUGCGGGUUGCUCAUGUCUUCUUCAGGUCUGUCAUCCACCACCUCGAUCAUCUCUUCCUCUUCAAACAGCUCGAGAAUGCGUGCCCCGAGGUUGUAGAAGUGCGGGGCCAGGGCACGCAAGUCGACGGUGCGCGGGUCGGCUUUGAGUGCGUUGAGGACGCGAGGAGCGAGGGCGGCUGGAGGGUCGAUGGUCACGAGAGAGGAUCUCGACCCCGUACCAGUGUCAGUGUCAGUGCCAGCGCCGUCGUCCAGCCCCACGCCGCCGUCGUUCGGCAUAAAUCGGUACACUUAAACACCUCACACUCUCUCGCCCCCCCAACCGGCACCAUGGCCGUGAGCGAACGCAUAUCGCAGCUCAUGAGCGCCCUCGACACGGGAACCGGCCCUGACAACUCUCGUGCCACCUCUCCUGGCGGCGACUGGCGGCAGGCCAACGGCGGUGUCAAUGGGGCCGAUGACAGGCGUCGCCCGCGCACCUUCCCAUACUUUGAAUACCUCCCCUACCAGACAGAGGACCAGAGCGAUCGCGAAGAGAGCCUCAACACAUGUCUGAAGCAUCUCUACAUUGCCGUCUUAGCAGGUGACUUUGCGCCGGGCGCAGUGCACUGGACGCGCGAGAUUCGGGGCUGGCUGUCGCUCAAGUUUGAUCUUCCCCGCAGCACGCGGGUGAAGCUGGUGCAUCUCUACUAUGAGCUGGCACUCGCCCCCGGCCUGGACUAUCUGGUCGCCGAGCGCUUUGCGAGCAUGUUCAUGGUCUUGACCAAGCGUAAACACUAUCUCCGCCCCGGCACCGACCUGCUGCUCGACUGGCGACCGCUCUACAGAGAGCUGAAGAUGUUCGUUCUGCCCUCGGAAUCGGGAGGCUCCCACCCGCCCAACGUCAAGCGCAACAUUCGCACCUUGACCAAGAUGUGCACCUUUGCGCAGUCGUACUUUGAUCCCAAGGAGAUUCCCGCCAUGCUCGAAGAGCUUCUGCCCUUUUUCAGCACAUCUUUCAGCGAGAAUGCAUUUGUCGUUGUGGGUCUGCUGAAUCUGCUCCUGCCCACGCACCCAGCCCCUGAGGACAUGCCAAAGCUGCUACCACAAGAAUACCUCCCCACCUUCUUCCACUUGUGGUCGCUCGUAAACCGGUCGCGGCUCUUCGAUGCACACUACAUCGAUACCUUGUCGAGGCUGGCACGCGACAAUCUGACGGCGUCGCAUGUGCCCUUCUCGCAGUACGGAGUCUUCACAGGAGAACAGUCGUCCCAGAUCUUCACGGCGAUUUUGCGCCUGCUUGAGAUCCCAGUGGGGCAGGCAACCUCUCCCUACAGUAGUUCGGUCGAUCUCGGAGCGGGCCUGGCCGUGAUGCUAGACCGCGAUCCGCGGAAGCAUCCGUCUACACACCACAUCGCCCGCAUCAUCGCCAUGUCAUUGUCCCCCGCAGCUGCCGAGCACCCAGACUCUACUCUUACCAAGUUAGAGGGCCUGAUUCAAGCGGUAGAAACCUUCUUCCAUCCCUCAAACUCUGGGAGCUGGACCAGGCCUUUGGCGCAGUUCGUGUACUACCUGGCGGAUAUUUUUGUCCUGCGCUGGAACCGCGAGCAUAGCGGUGAGAUGGAUGUGCCAGAAGAGCGACGACUCAAUGACGCAGUCAAGCGGCGCUUUGUGCUCUGUCUGCGUGAGGUCACGUUCAUGGGCAUCUUCUCUAAAAGCGACAAAGCUGUGCAAUACGCCCUGUCUACCCUGCAGAGCCUGGCGUUUCUUGAGCCCAACCUCAUCCUGCCAGGUGCAUUACAGCGAAUCUACCCCGCAAUGCAGGGGCUUGUCGAGGUUCAUCGUACAAUUUCGUCUAUCCGCGCGUUGCACAUGCUUUCAAAGGUCAUGGCCAAGACAAAGGGCUUCCGGUGCCACGUUACGUCGGUACUUGGGCUUGCACUACCUGGUAUCGAUGCCAACGACCUGGAAAAGACGCUGCAUACCUUGCAAUACAUCCAGGGCGUGUGCUACCUGAUCCCAUUCCAGGAUCUCACAAAGGCGAAGAAGGCGUCCAACGAAGAGGCCUCGAGAGGUGGAGCAACUUCGCCCAUAGAUGACGCUGGUGCUGAUACCGGGCUGGCUGUGGACUGGAUCACGGCGCAAGUUGACCGACUCGAGAAUGCCAAUGGCAACGUUGAAAUCAAUUACGAAGAAGAACUCAGUGACGCAGACGAGGCAAUGAUCCUGCGCUCAUCCACGACUGGGCUCAAUGAGUUCCUCAUCACGUUUCUCGGCCGCGUCUUCACGUUGCUGGAGAAUCUGCCAGAUGCUUCUAGGGUCCGCAGUGGCUCUCCCGAAGAGUAUGUGGUCAACCAGCUUCCAGCGGCUUUCACACCACUGCUCGCUGCGCUCUCUCCUGAGCUGUACGAUAUCGCGCUUGAUAAGAUUGCCAACUUCAUCACGAACCAUGUCGUUCACCAGGCAAAAGACGCCAUUGCGUUCAUCUGCAACAGCCUGGUUAAGAUCAAUCCUGAGAAAGCCCUGAAGCGUCUUUUGCCACAUCUCCUUGCAGGUAUUCGUACUGAGAUCGACGAGAUUGGUGCGGGCUCCACGCGAACAACAGGCGCAGAAGUACUUCCGCGCGACCGUGCGCUUGUCUGGAACCUUUGCAUUCUUAGCAUGUGUGUUGUCCAUGUUGGUGAUGCAGUCCUUGAGUGGAAGAACGAACUGUUUGAGAUUGCAGAGUACAUGCAGCAAAAGUGCCGAGGCACGCCUACCGUGCAUGUCUCCAACUUUAUCCAUCACUUGCUGCUGAAUCUCACAUGCACCUACACUAUCGAUUACUCAAUCUACGAGCAAGAUGAGCUUCGACAGGGCUUGUCCACAGAGUCGUGGGGCAGGCAGGUGGAUAUCAAGAAGCUGAAUAUCAAGUGGCACACUCCAAGUUCAGAGGAGAUAGAAUUCGCUAUCAAGCUUUUCGAGACGCAUGCCAAUAACUCAAUGACGGCACUCACUGCCCUCAUUCAGCCAGACUCGCCAAUCAAGCGUGAAGGCACUGGAAAAGAUUGGUCCGAUGAAGUAUCUCGAAACCUCGUUCUAUUACGAUUGAUCAUCUCGGGUAUCUCAGUCCUGUUUGACGUUCGACACGAUCAGGUCACCGAUGGCAAUAUUGAGUCAGACGACGGCUCAGAUUCAGAUGCAAUGGACACAGAAGGCAUUGAUGACGACGCCGGCCUCGGUGAAGCCGAAGACGAGGAGGUCAAGCCUACCUUCCAGUACGAAGCUGGGUAUCCACUACGUCGUGGCGACAACAACUACAACCUUGUCCAUGACCUACGUAGGCAAGUGGGCGAGAUGCUGCACAAGGUGCAUCAGUUCUUGAUUGAGAAGCAACCUGAUGAUGUGCCUUGCUUCAAUUCGUUGUACAACGCCUAUCGCUCAUGGUUCAUCGACGUUGGCAUCGAGCGGUCUGCCCAUGUACUAGAUCGGAUAUCCAGGCUUUUGGAGAAUGACGAACGGCCGUUCAGGUUCAGCGGGCUGCGAAAGCAGUAUCCACGACCUCUGCUCGUCCGGCGCGCCAACGUCUACCAUCUGCAGCGACUACGACACAACGCCAACCCGCGACCAAAGACAGAUCUCGACAUGACAUUGCUAUUGGAUCUUGCCGAGUCUAGCAUUUCACUCUACACCGAGAUUCGCCGCACUGCACAGACUGCCAACGAGUCAGCCGUUAAGUGCGUGCUGGGUGCCAGGCCACUUGUCAUUCCAUCCCUGCUGGAUGCGUUUGUCAAGGCUGUUGCUGAAAGUGAUUACCCUCGUAUCAAGGGUGCCAUGUUCGCACUCUUGUUCGGUAGCCUGGCGAAAACUAUCAGUCGCGACUGGCGGUUUACUCCCAAGCUGAUCAAGGCUUUCAUCGAGGUUACUGGUGCUGACAAACCUUCAGUGCAGAAACUCGCGACCAAUGCUACCUUCCAGAUCAUGGACAUGGGUAAAGCAAUGGAGCGUAUGGUCAUUCUGCCCAAGGAGGUGGUCGAGUCUAUAGCGUAUGCUAUCGACUCCAGUGAGGGCGAUAGUGUACAUGACAAAGUCACCAAGCGACGGGACUACAUCAAGAAGAAGCGGUCCCGCAUUGAAGACAAGAAAUCCCAGCUGUCCAAGGAACUCGUGGAGAUUGCCAACACCGAACAUUGGAAGAAAGUCAGCCGGACGGCGGCUAUCAUUGUCAAUCUGGGGAUGCGUUACGACACGGUUGCAUCUGACGAGAUGAUUGACCUGGUUACCAAGGGAUCCAUUGAUCAACAUCCUAGUCUCCGAGGUUUGUAUGCUGGAGCUCUCAUUGGCCUUUAUUCAGUCAUUCAAACACGCGCCAUCACGGGUCACAAUUACGAGAAAUACCUGUUGAACGAGGAAGAAUUGCCGGAUAAAAUUUCGGUUCCCACCAGGCCAGAGGAUCCCGACUGGACUGCAGAGUACUUGGCAUCAUUUGCACAGCCAGAAGCCAAGUAUUACGUCGACUUUGACUACCCUGGAUGGCUAGUGUGGACCAAGAGCAUGACUGCGUUCAAGCCAAACGCACCACAGCUGUCAUAUGACGAGGUCGAGACUGGGAUCCGUCAAAAGAUUGCAAAGCAUCUCACUCGCUCUUGGUUCUCAAACUACUUUGCCUUUAUGAAGCAGGAGCCACGCGAUAACAGCGCUGAUCGUUUCCGCAUGUCGAGCGCAAUGGUACUGACUCAUUCGUUUGAUCUCGUCUUUGGUGGUCUCACAGAAGCCACAUUCGAAGACAUCAAAGACCUGACCCAAUCGGUGUAUGCUGAUGGUAGCGACAAGCAUCAGCAUCGCGCGACUUCUGAGAUUAUGGCUGCGUUGCUUUCGUGUGCACCAGAUCUCAAGGCUGAUCAGCGAGAAGCAGUAUGGCAAUAUGUUUUCCCUAUCGUCCGCGGCAUCUUCCAAGACGGUCUGACGCCAGAGAACUCUGGCUAUUGGACGACGUUCCUACACGUUGUGUUGCAAUCCAAAGACCCUCGACGAGGAUGGCCGCUGGUCGACUGGCUGGCCAGCUUCCGCCUUGACAUGGAGUCUAAUGCAGCUUUCAAGGAGAGUUCAAAGAUCCAUCUGCUUACACAAUGCAUCUGCGACGCCGGUUGGCACUUUAGACUGGAGAAGCCAAUCCUGGAAGAUUUCAUGAAGCAUCUCGACCAUCCUUACAAAGGCGUGCGUGAAGCCAUGGGCCAGACUAUUGCGAGCAUCUUCAGGACACGUUACCACGAAUCGUACAAAGAUGUCGGUACGCUCAUGAAGGCACAGAAAGAAGCUUCUUCGAUUGGAGUCCGGCCAUAUCAGCCCACAGAGGAAUUCAGCAAGACCAUUACCGAAGUCUUUGACCGACUUGAGGUAUGGCGCCAGGAGCGUCCUGCAGGCCAACAGACGCCUUCGUCGUACACAUCCGGUGGUAAAACAGUCUUGCUGUGGCUCGACACUACCCUUUCUUCGUAUGAGUGUACAUCGCUCGUUAAGUUCUUCCCAGAUGUUUUCAUGGAGCAACUACUCCACAUGAUGGACAUCAAGGAGGAUCCCGAACUGCAAUCGCUAGCAUACCAUGUUUUCCGACACCUGCCCAACAUCCCGCAUCGCGAGGGUGAAGAUUCUGAAUUCAUUGCUGCACUCAUUCGCAUAGGACGCAAUGCAACGAGCUGGCACCAACGUCUGAGAAUCCUGAUCAAUAUUCAGGUCAUCUACUUCCGCAGGCUGUUUCUCAUGAGCGAAGAGCAGCAACAGAGCAUGUUCGACUGUGUGUCUGCCAUGCUGUCAGAUACCCAGCUAGAGGUACGUAUGGGCGCCGCUACCACGCUAUCUGGCAUGAUUCGUUGCUCGCCCAUUGCAUUCCGCGAUCGCCAGGUCUCAACACUCAAGGAGCGCUUUACGAAGCAACUUACCAAGAACCCGCUGCCGAAAAAGCGUGUUCCAGGAACACCCACAACCGAGCAGGGCAAACUCGUCCUCACUCGUCACGCCGCUGUACUAGGUCUAGGCGCGCUCGUUCAAGCAUUCCCAUACCAGAGCCCCCCGCCAGCGUGGUUACCGGAAGUACUCGCCACGCUUGCGAGGAAGGCCGCUGCUGAUCCUGGCAUGGUGGGUAAGAGUGUCAAGACUAUUCUCGCAGACUUCAAGAAGACGAGACAGGAUACUUGGCAUGUGGACGUCAAGGCGUUCGAGCAAGAGCAAUUGGAGGAUCUAGAAGGUGUACUAUGGAAGAGUUACUUUGCUUAA